AGAGAUGUAGGCAGAUCAUAUACAUAACCGACGUAGACUCGUCUAUAUCAAACAAAAACCAGUUUACGUCAUCUAAUUCGAAUUCUUCAAAUUUGUUAUGUUCAAAGAUUUUCGAAUUAUCACUGUUUCAUUUCUCAAAGCCGCGAAACUGUGUAGUAUUCGAAUUAUAAAAUACAAUUUCUGCCAUCGAAUUGCGGCAGAAGACAGUAUAAUAUUCCAAUAAUUUUCAGUAGUAGAUCUGAAUCAGAGUAGGUUUUCUGUUCCGCAUUGCUCUGUUGAAUUAGGCACGAAAAUGGUGCAGGACUCGGCGUCCGAGACCGAACCGGACGAUUACGAUAUUGUGCCCGAAUUCGUCGAGGUGGAUCCCUCCGGUCGCUACGGUCGAUACAAAGAAGUGCUUGGAAAAGGGGCUUUCAAAAAAGUAUAUAGGGCUUUUGAUGAGUUGGAAGGCAUAGAGGUGGCUUGGAAUCAGGUGAAACUUGCUGAUCUAUUGAGAAAUUCCGAUGAUAUGGAGAGGUUGUGUUCUGAAGUUCACCUGCUGAAAACUCUCAAGCACAAGAACAUUAUCAAAUUUUACAACUCGUGGAUUGAUACAAAGAACGAGCAUAUCAACUUCAUUACUGAGAUUUUCGUGUCUGGGACUCUAAGACAGUAUAGGAAGAAACACAAGCAUGUUGAUGUGAGGGCAUUGAAGAAAUGGUCUAGGCAAAUCUUAGAAGGGCUUUCAUAUCUUCACCGUCAUGAUCCUCCAGUUAUUCAUCGAGACUUGAAAUGUGAUAAUGUUUUUGUCAAUGGGAAUCAAGGAGAGGUGAAAAUUGGUGAUCUUGGGCUGGCUGCUAUCCUACAGAAAGCUAGUUCAGCUCACAGUGUCAUAGGUACUCCGGAAUUCAUGGCACCGGAGCUUUAUGAGGAAGAAUACAAUGAACUUGUAGAUAUAUAUGCAUUUGGUAUGUGCUUGCUAGAGCUAGUCACCUUUGAGUAUCCAUAUGUGGAAUGCUCCAAUGCUGCUCAGAUUUACAAAAAAGUGACAGCAGGAAUCAAGCCUGCAUCAUUAAGAAAAGUGAAGGAUCCUGAUAUCCGGGAGUUCAUAGAAAAAUGCAUCGCAAAAGUCCCUGAUCGGUUGUCAGCCAAAGAAUUACUGAUGGAUCCAUUCUUAAAAUCAGAUGAGGACGGUUUAGGUCAUUCACUGUGGCGACAAUCUACCAAUGCAGAUGCUAAUGGCAACUGGUUUGACAAUGGUAAAAAUCACCAUGAUUCUGGAUUUGAGGGGAGGCGAGACUUCACAUUGCAGGGUCAAAGAAAAGACCAUAAUACAAUAUUUUUGAAACUUCGAAUUGCAGAUGCAUCAGGGCAUAUAAGGAACAUUCACUUUCCAUUUGAUGUCGAGGAGGACACUUCCAUUGCCGUUGCUAGUGAAAUGGUUGAAGAGCUGGAUUUGACAGAUCAUGAUGUCUCGGUUAUUGCUGCAAUGAUCGAUUCUGAAUUCCAAUCCCUCAUUCCUGAUUGUACACCUGGAGGGCUUGCAAACAACAACAAUUUUGGUGGUGAAACAAUGAUUGAAUUUGGUAUAUCUGGAGCACACGGAGAUGUUUCUCCCCUGACGCAUGAAACUCCUCACUCUGGCCCUCUUGUUUUGGAAAGACUCCCCUCGGGUAGAAAAUACUGGUCUGAUUCGCCCAAAGCUUGUGGCGGAUGCUCGCCACUAAAGCCAGGGCCGUCUCACUUGAUGUCAGCAGAUUCAACUGCCUCUGGAGACACCUGGUCUGAAGUAACGCCACAAUCACCAUUUAGCCAUAAAGAUAUUAGCACCUCUCAUGAUGUUUCGCCUCUCAGACAUGUGGAGUAUGACUCUGAUCGCGAAGAUGACAGCAAGAAGCAACCGGCUUCUGCACCUAGUGAGUUACAAUUUGGUGAAGAUGAGCGGCUCCUUGAUGCACCUGAAAGCGGGACUCCUCAACCAUUAGAAGAAAAAGAAAACGCAUCUCCAUGUGGAAGUGACGCAGGAGACAUCAAGAGUGUUCUCAAGAAACUCGACUGUGUGCUGGACGAGCAGUUCAAGGAGCUGAACGAUCUGAAGCAGAAGCACAAAGAAGCUGUUUUUGAUCUUCUAAAGGACCUGCCGGAGGAGGCUCAUCACAGGAUUUUUAGCGUCUGCAACGCCAAGAUAUAUGGCACGAAUUGAACCAGAAGCGACGCCUGUUUCACGUUUAUGAAUACUUCUGAAUCAUCUGCACAGAUAUAGGUUUAGAUGUUUGCAGGAAAUUAUCAUCCUUUCCCCCAAGAUUCAAGUGUAGAUUAAUGUGGACUGCAACUGCUUUGUGAAGAUGAAGUAAAGCUCAGUAGCUGAUGAGGAAUAAUGUAUAAUGUAUGCUUACAUAACUUUUUUUCACAUAUAGUUGCAUAAUGUAUGCUAGUUAAAUACUGAUACUAUUCUAAACUAAAAAAAAUAAAAAUUACUGAUACUAUUCUUUGUA